AUGACUCGCUUGAUGGCCGGCAAGACCAUCGCUGUCCUUUGCCUUGUGGUGGCGGUCAUCACACCGCCAUCAGCAGCAGCACUAGCAGCACCGACAACAGCAAAUGCAGCCAAUGCAACCACAGAGACAGCCGCCUGGCUCCUCAGUGGACCUUGCUCCCGUGCACAACAAGAGCCAACGGCUUGGGUGGGCGUGGGAUGCAGCGCACAAGCAGACUCAUGUACCAGCGUCCGCUCAUCGAUUCACGCGCUGCUCCGAUCCAUCCAAUCCCGCGAGCAGCACUGCGCCUCUAGCGGCAACGGUGACAGCGAAAAGAACGGCUCCACUGAGCUCUCUCACUUGCGAACUAUCGAGGCGUUUGUCAACCAGUACUGUCCUCCUCCAACACCUCCAUCAUCACCGCCACCGGCACCACCUCGGCUGCCAACUCAGCCACCACGGGACCUGGAGCUGGAGGUGCAGCGCGUGCGGCGUGCCAGCACAACCACGAAGUUAACAACGACCACGACAACAACAAGCACGACAACCACAGUGUCAACAAGGCGUGCACGACGGUUUACAAAUCGCGCUGUUGUAUGCACCCUCACUCGGUCGCUGUCCACUCCAUACGACUGCACCAACCCUCGUCGUGAUGCGGUUCGGAUGUUGCUUAAGAUUGAAGGAAACGGCUCUCCUCUGCCCUCUUGGGAUGAGAGCUCGCAGCUCACGUUCCAAUCCAACACAGUUAAUCCCACAACCCCCACGAACCUCAUCAUCGAAGGGUCUGUGUUCCUGGAGGACCUGGUGUGGCUGCUUCAGUUUCGCUGGGAUACGGUCACCAACAUCACCAUCCGCGGCUAUGAGGGCGUCGAGUUUCCGCUCGCUGUCCUAAAUGCCAUGACCAACGUGCACACCAUCGACCUUGCAGGCAACGACAUCACGCGCCUCGUGCCCACAAACGCGGCUGUUGACAACAAGAACUUUACUCUCGGCGACAGCAUCACCACCCUCGAUGUCACCCGCAACAGCUUGAGUGAGCUGCCACAAGCCACGCUCGCUGCUAUGCCCAAUCUCACGCACCUGACUUGGGACGGCAACCAGCUUGCCGAAAUCGAACCGGGCGUAUUUGCUGCAACAACAAACCUCACCACUCUCUCCUUACGCGAUAACCGCAUAUUGAAUGUUGUUGCAGGCACGUUCGCUCACCUUAACUCACUGCGUGACCUUGACCUCAGCGAUAAUCGCAUUUCAAGUGUUGCAGUGGAUGCCUUUGCCGGCCUUUUUUCCGUGGUUGUCCUUCAUCUCAACGAUAAUCGCAUAUCGAGUGUAGUUGCGCACACCUUUGCUGACCUUGUCUCCCUGCGUGAGCUGGACCUCAGCAACAACCGAAUCUCCAGCAUUGCUGCCUUCGCCUUUGCUGGUCUGACGUCUCUGGUGGAGCUUCACCUCGGCAACAAUACUGUCUUCGAGGUUGUUGCCGAUGCGUUCGCCGAUCUUUCGUCUCUGCCCAAGCUUGAUCUCAGCAACAAUCGAAUUUCAAACGUCUCUGCACUUGCCUUUGCUGACCUUACAUCCCUCACGGAGCUGCGCCUCAGCAACAAUCGCAUCUCUAGUAUUGUUGAGAAUGCCUUUUCGGGCCUCACAUCUCUCAUGACACUGGACGUCCAUUUCAAUCGCAUCUCCACACUCGACGAGAACGCGCUGAUCUCAACUUUCAAGCUCGAAAGCCUUAACCUCGACCACAAUCCCGUCGACACCUUCCCACCACGACUGUUCGUUAAUCUGACUCGCCUUAGCCAUUUGCGGCUGACAAGCACACGCGCCACUACGUUGCCAACAAGCCUGUUUGAGCACAACACACGGUUGCGAGAGCUGUGGCUGUUUCACAACAGGUUCACGGAGAUUGAGGUUGGCACCUUUGACAAGCUCACCCGCCUCGUCUUCCUCACGCUCACGGGCAACGACAUCACGCACCUCCCUUCCAUGCUGUUUGCACGACUGACGCGCCUCAAAGAGCUCUACAUCUCCAACAACGACGUUCGAACCGUGGACCCAAACGCAUUUCGUGGGCUGGAGAGCCUUACCACCCUUACUCUCGUCAGAAACAGAAUCAACGAUCUCCACGCAGACACCUUCACCACCGCGACUGCAUUAGAGAACGUGGACCUGAGCGACAAUGAUCUUACCAUUCUGGACCACAACCUGUUUGGUAGCUCCCCGCGCCUGACUGAGCUUGUGUUGUCCGGCAAUCAUCUGACGCAAUUCGACCACUUGCCGCUGCCCGGACUCAAAGCCCUCCGCAUCCACGACAACCCACUCGUGGAACAGCCUGAUACAGGCAUCUUUCCCAGCCUCGCCACGUUGAGCAUGAACAACCACCAUGUGCCGUGGGUCAACUUCACGCUCGUGUUUGUGCUGCCAUACCUGACCACACUCGAGAUGAGCGCCGAUCCAAGCUUUGGGGUGGCGCGUAUGCUUCCCAUUCCAGAAAUUGAGGCACGCACUAUCAGCGCCACACCUGUUAACAAUGAUGACAGUGCAAGUGGUGAUCACAACAGCCUUCUGCCUCUGCGUGUGCUGGAUGUGCGGAACAUUGAACUGUUGUCGCAAUUUGACCAGGUUGCGCGAUCACAUCGCUUGCGUCUCACGCGAUUCGCUGCGGGCUGGCCGGGCAUGACCAACGCCACAAUCCCAUCCGAUUUGCUGUGCCAUGCACUCGACAAUAUCGUGGACGAGUUCACGCUGACCAACACUGGCUACACGAGCAUCGACCUGUGCCCAAACAACGAAUUCCGUGCCGUGUUCCUGCAUGAGAACGCACAUCUGCACACGGUACACAUCCACAACCCACUGCAGCAACUCAGCCUCUUUCGCUCUGAGAAGAUGGAGACACUGCUGCUGCCACGCGCCGACGUGAUUGACCUCUCCUACACAAACGUUGCAGCCAUUAGUCAGCUGUGUCAGGAAUGGGGUUUGCGGGCCUUGUUUUAUCGUGGGGUCCGCAACCCAUUGCUGAAAGAGCGCGGCCAGGAGCUGCUUCGGCGCUGCUUGCGGAAUGCUGAAGUGGCGACAGCAGAUGGUUGCGGAACCUCAACCAAAUCCAGGACGAAGUGCGCCGCCCAACCAUCCUCUCGGCACAGCAAUUUCAAGGAGAGGAUCGCACCAAUCUGCACAGCCGCUCAGUUGUGCCUGUCAUCACAAUGCAGAACACGCCUGUGCAGUGCCGCAUUGACUUUCUCAACCAGAACGUGCGGCCCGCUGAUCAACCGGAGACGAUCCAGUCCCAACUUGCCUACAAUUUCCGCUGCCAAUGUGGCAACGGGUACAUUGUUCGUGGUGGCGAGUGUGUGGAAGAGACAGAAAACGUCGCUGGCGUGGCUGCUGGCUCUGUACUUGGCGGCCUAG